AUGUCGCACCUGGCUGCGCUGCGGACGUACGCGGUGCGCGCCGAGCCGGCGAAGCUGCCGCCCUCGGUCUACUUCUCGCACACGCAGGCGACGCUCACCGUCUUCGACACCUUCCCCAAGUCGCUCUUCCACUUCCUCGUCCUCCCGCGCCCCUCCCCGGCCCCCUCCGGCCCCUCCGUCCUCGACCUCGCCAGCCUCCGCUCCCUCCUCCGCACGGACCCCGCCAGCGCCCGCGCGACCCUCCUCGCCCUCCGCCAAGAGGCCCUCCGCCUCCGCGACCACAUCGAGGCGGAGAUGCUCGCCCGCUACGGCUUCCGCUGGGACACCUGGAUCGGCUUCCACGCCGCCCCCUCCAUGGAGCACCUCCACCUCCACGUCAUCUCCGCCGACCUCUGCGGGCCCGCCCUCAAGACCAAGAAGCACUACAACUCCUUCCACCCGACCGCAGGCUUCUUCCUCCCCCUCGACCACGUCCUCUCCCUCUUCGACGCCACCCCCUCCUACUACGACUCCUUCUCCAAAUUCAACAAGGCCCAGUACGAGCCCCGCCUCAAGCAGGACCUCCUCUGCUUCCACUGCGGCGCGCCCCAAAAGAACAUCCCCGCCCUCAAGGCACACCUCCUCCACGAGUGGGAGCAGCUCCGCGCGCGCACGAAAUGGCACCUCGACCACCACGCCCAGCAGCAGCAGAAGCGCUCCCUCCAGCUCGCCACCGCCACCGCCACCGCCACCGCCGACGCCGCCAUUGCCACUGCUACUACUCCCAGUGCCGCUUCCGCGGUACCUUCGGCACAGAAGCGCAAGCGCCAGGUCGGUCCAGACGACGAUGACGGCGGCGAGCUCGACGAUCGCCAGCCAAAGAGGUGCCAUUUGGAUCGUCAGCCCAGCCAGAACGCCAUGGACAUCGAUUGA